UUAAGACCUGAUUAUGUACAGAUAAGAUAUUGUCAAACAAUAUUUAAGUCGACGAAAGUAAAAUUAGUUUAAUUUCUACCAAAAUGAAUGUGUGUUUUGGGGUAUUUAUUUUACUUUCUGUACCUUUCUCAUCAAUUAACGGUGCAUACUCAGAGAAUAUAGAAACCGUGGUACAAAAACUUACCGCACAAAAUGAAAAACUCAUGGCGAAGAUUGACAAGGUUGACUCUGAACUGCGCGAAGAGAAAGCAAGAAACAAUCAGCUUAGAGAGAAAGUUGAUCUUCUUGACGCGAAGCUUAGACUUAGCGGAAGAAAACAAACAACACGACAACUGAAUGAUCCUACAGUAGCAUUCACUGCUGUGAUCUCACCUUCCGACCUGACAAAUCUCAAUGCCGGACAACCGAUUAUCUUCGACAGGACCAUCACCAAUAUGGCGAACGCUUACGACACAAGCAGUGGUAUUUUUACCGCUCCAAUCCGCGGCGUCUACAUUUUUAACAUGGGCAUUAUGGUGGAGCCUGGCGAAAACGAGUACCUUCAGUUUGUAAAGGAUGGUGCCCAUGUGAUGUAUAAUUAUAUCCACGCAAGCGGUGGCCUUGAUGACGUAUCAAGUAGCAGAACUGUCGUAAUGGAACUCGAAAACGGGAACCAGGUUUGGAUUCGAACUACCAAGAGUGCAACGCACGGAAGUGGAAAUCUACAUGGCAAUGAAUUCUCUACAUUUUCUGGAUGGCUUUUAGCAAUUACUGAAUGAUUGAUUGUUAAAGCGAAAUUGAAAUACAAGAUUUAAUUUUUC